AGUGUGGACGAGAGGACGCGGCUGCUCGCUCUCCGUCUUCUCGCUGAGGGCGUCGUGUCUCUCCCUCUCCCUCCCCGACCCCCUUGUUGAUUCUUCAGGUUAUUCAUUUUUCCCUUUGCUGUCCCAUUUUUAUUCAGUAAUUCAGAUAAUCAACAUGUCACGAGAGACGCUGCAAUUCGUGGUGGCGGCGCUGGCUCUGGGUCUUCUAAAUGGCACAUCCGGAGCGUCGGCCGUGCAGGUGCAAGACAACUCCAUAUCCGAUCCAGAAAUUUUUAAUUCUUUCGACAAGGGCGCUGUGCUUGGAGAAGCUUGCGUCAUCAACAAGCACUGCAUUGUUGCAAAGAGUGAAUGCAAGCAAGGGAAAUGCAGCUGCCCUGAGCAUUACCUUCAGGUGAAUAAGACUAAGUGUUUACCUGGUGUGCUCCUCGGCUUCCGGUGCCAAGUCGACGCCCAGUGCAGCAUGCGGGUCGGCCACUCGGCGUGCAUCCAGGGCUUCUGCAGGUGCGGCGCCAACUACGUCCCCUACAGGAGGAACAACUGCCUCAACCAGGCCGUGCUGGGACAAGUCUGCCGGACCCACGAGCAGUGCCGCCUCGGUGCCUCUGGCAGCUUCUGCAACUUUAUAGUGCCACGAGUCUACGGCCAUUGCCAGUGCCUCGAUCUGGCCCCGCGCAUCGGCAACACCUGCGGAUACGUGCGAUACACUCUCGGCUCCCCCUGUGGCACGAGCGCCCAGUGCAGCGCCCACGUGCCCGGCUCCGUGUGCGUCAUCCAGGAGAACGAGGUGUUCAAGGCGAGAGCCUCCCCCAACAGCAUCUCCGCCAUACCCGGAGUGUUCCCGAUGCCCAUAGGCGUGCCCAAGGCCGUGUGUGCGUGUCCCAAGGGGCAUCUGGAGGGCGAGGACGGGGCCAGGUGCAUUCCCGUGCUCAAAGACGCCGGCGUCAUCCCCGCCUCCCUGGGUCAGCGCUGUGAGUCGUCGCGCCAGUGCAGGGAGUCGGACCCCUACACCUUCUGCCGAGGGGGCGUGUGUCACUGCAUAGCCGACACGCCCCAGUGCUCCGCCUCCAACCCAGGCUGCCACGAGGACACUUUCCAGUGCGCUUCGGACGGACGCUGCCUCAGCUGGUACUUCGUCUGCAACGGCAUCAGGGACUGCUUUGACGGCUCGGACGAGGACUCCUGCGUGCCCCACAGGUGUCCCAAGCUGGCCCACACCUGCGCUGACGGCACCUGCAUCUCCAGGGCGCGGCUGUGCGACGGGAAGGUGCACUGUCCGGACGGCUCCGACGAAGCCAACUGCCGCGGGGGCUCGUGUCCUUCGUCGACCUUCCAGUGCGGUGACGGUCGCUGCCUGCCUGCCUUCGUCUUCUGCAACGCGAAGUCGACGUGCCUGGACGGGAGUGACGAGGACGAGGAGGCGUGUAUCCAGGGCUCCAUCACCGCCCGCUUCUGCCCCUUCAGGUGUGGCAAUGGAAGGUGCAGAUCGACCGCCAUUCUUUGUUCCGGAUCCGAUGGCUGUGGAGACAACAGCGACGAGGAGAAAUGUUCGGUUUGCAGUUGCACGAGACCGACGAUAGCGUAGCAGUGACAAGCAGGAGAGAAACGCAAGCCCCCCCGCCCCUCCCAGCUCGACCUUCAUUACACCGACGCGGUUCUGAAGUCGAUCUGUUUCAUUGUUGUAUGAUUACUUAUUACCAUUACUUGUAUAUACGCAUUUUAAAGGGGAAUUAUAUAGGAGAAAUGGCUGUAGUGUAAGACAGCUUUCUGGGAAGGUAAAUGGCACUGUUGGUGGUCAUUGUAUCACAGAUGGCAGUAUGGCAUAUACGGGCUUACAGUGCCAUUCGUCGCUACUGUAAAGUGAUCAUUUAGCCGGCAGGUCAGUAACUACAAUGUUUUCAGAAGCCUGUGAUUGGUUAGGCCGCUCUGAUUUUCAGGAACAUUGCAUUCCAAUGUUUAGCAUCAGAGAUAGAUUUUUAUGACAGGAUUCUGUUUAUGGCAGAAGACACAGGUGUAUAUUUUUUUAAAGAUUAGAGAUUAUGUUUGAAGUGUGGCUAUAUUCGAAUUUCAGUCAUUAUGAGGAUAAAAAAACUUAUAGAUUUGAUAACGUCACGCCAUUCAGAGUCAAUACCAGUCAAUAAGAUGAUAAUCUGACCUCGCCUGACCUCUCUUUUUAUCAAGUAAAAUGUAAAUACACACUAAGAUAUCCACAUUUUGGAUACAGGGAGAAUGAAUGACGUAAUGCACUUUUAUUCCUAGUUCCAAGCAUGAUGUUUUUUCUGUAACUUACUUUCAAUUUACCGAUAUUAUAAUGUUGGAAUGGAAUGUAACCUUGGCUAGCUUUUGCGAAAAAAAUUAUGAUGUCACGAUGACUCAACAUAUAUUUGCAACGUUAUAUGAAAUGAUAAUAAUAAUACAGUCCUUUGUGAUAUAUCCAAACGUCCUUCACAGAUAUUUCAUGACUACAGCUUUGAUGAAAAUGAAAACUGAAUCAUGACCUUUAGUAUCAUUAUUUUUAUUAUGGUUCUUCUUAUUGUUAUUAUUAUUUUCAUUACUAUUAUUAUUAUUAUUGUUAUUAUUAUUAUUAUUAUUAUUA